AUGUCUGCUCCAGAGAACCGUCCUUUGGCCUUGGAGAACCAGGCGUGUUUGGAAGCUCUGCAGGCCGAGGGGCAAGUCAUUGGGCGGCACGGUGAGAGGAUGCGCGACGCUAAAUUUUGGACUAUCGGAUUAGUUGUCUACCGAUGCGACUACUCAGAUGAUGCAUUAUGGGAACGCUACUUGGCCAACUUGCGCAAAGAAGCGGACGAGUGGUUCAAGCGGCACAAACAGGAUCGUACAACGGCGCUCUAUUAUAAGUGGACAAUCUUUGAGGAUCGCGAGGCCCUCCAUGGCGCGAGCAAGCUGCUCGUCCGAGACAAACAUGCUGCCUGGCGAGAUGAGAUGUCCGUCGAACGAGACGGGCCGGGAGCGGAUAGGCUCUACGCCAAGGCCAUGCCGCGGUUCACUUUUGCUCUGCAUGUCGGCAGAGACAGUCUCGACACACUCGUUGCUUACGAGGUGGCUACUUGGCAGAACCUGGUGCCGAAUCCCUUGUGGGUCACGGUUGCCCUCGUCCAUGUACCGUUCACAUCCUGGCCGCCGACGAACGACUCUGACGAAGAGUACGAAGAGGACAUGGACAAUACAGAGGACGAGGACGAUCCUGAUCGCCCGGGAUCUGGGCUGGCAGUGGAUCCCCGUCUUCGCUCUGUUCAGCGACCAACAGACAACGAGUCUGGUCGUAUGAGCCGCGAAGAACAAAAGUCGGCAUGA